CGCUCACUGUAGAGCUCCGGCUACUUUUCUGCUGUCCAGUAUGCUCAGAAAAUGAGCUUUUUUAUGUAGUGUAGAAGAGCGGAAUCCCUAGGGAUCGGAAAUGGAACCGCCGAGCGAUGUUCACGAGGCGCCACAAACUGAUGGAUUCGCCGAAACCCCUCUCUUCUCCGGGACGGAAUGGCUCGAAUGGGGUUCCAACGCACAGUAUGGUCUCUGGCUUUUGGUUUUCCUGUUCCUCAGAGUCGUCAUAACAUUCAUGAGACUUACCAACACGAAAUUCAAGCGGAACGUCAAGAAGCCGUGCAAAGCAAUGAUUGUUUUAGGUUCAGGGGGACACACAUCCGAAAUGUUACGUCUCAUCGAGGGAGUCAGCAAGCUCUUAUACACGCCACGCAUUUACGUCCAUGCGGACACAGACAAAUUGAGUUCGUUCAAAGUGACGCAAGCAGAAGGUCGCCGGAAAGACUUCUGUGUGAGAUCCAUUUCUCGACUGCGUGAGGUGCAUCAGUCACUCAUUUCCGUUCCGAUCACGGCAAUCCGUCCAUUCCUGCAGGCUCCGUGGAUUUUGCUGUGGGAUCGACCUGAUGUGCUCCUCGUGAAUGGCCCGGGGACGUGCAUACCUCUGGUCCUAUGGUCAUUCAUAUUCGGCGUGUUGUGUCUUAAGCGACCGGUCGUUGUUUUUGUGGAGAGUUUCUGCAGGGUCGAAACUUUGUCCCUGACUGCCAAAGUAGUGAAGCCUUUCAUCGAUAGACUGAUAGUUCAAUGGAGACCCUUGCACGAGAAGUACAAAAAAUCGACCAGGUACCACGGCUUACUCGUAUGA